AUGUCCAAUUGGCGCGCAGAGUAUUAUGCCGCGCUUGGAGUCCGCGAUGAGCGCGAAAAGGCGAAUACAUCACUCUACAACGCCUACACACGUCUCGCCGACCGCACCGGCAACCUAGAGUCCAACCUCAUUACCCCCGCUACACCUUCAACUCCAACCCCCCCGCCGACAACCCCCUCGAGGCAACCAAGCAGACGGGAUAUACCCCCCGCACAGCUCCCCAACAUCGCGGACACCCUAACAACUGCGCGACACGACCUCGCUGAAGCACAGCGCUCGCGUACAGAGCUCCUAGCGCGAUUGAAAAAGACAACAGAGGAGCUAGAAAGCGCAAAGAGGAAAGCGUCGCUGGAUAACAAGAAAGUUCUAGAUUUGUCAGUGGAACGAACGCAGCUGCAGCAGCGGCUGAAAGAUCGAGACGAGGAACUUCGGGGAAAGGCAAAGCUGUUAGAUGUGAGGAUGCCUCUCUAUUCUUCCUGCGCUUUUUUACCGUUCUUCCAUGGCCGAUUCUGA